AUGAAAUCUUCGAGCAGUUGUUCAGGCCUGUCGUUCAAGUCCCAAGCAUUAUACCUCCUUGUUUAUAUUACACGAUAUCUUGAUAUUUUUUGGACUUUCACUCUUUCAGCUUACAAUACUAUUUUCAAAAUCCUUUUUAUUGCUUCCUCAGCGUAUACGAUUUAUCUCAUGAUUAAUGACUACAAACCAACUCAAGACCCCAAUCUCGAUACUUUCAAAGUCCAAUAUCUACUAGGUGCCAGCGCUGUUCUGGGCAUCCUUUUUCCAUAUUCUUAUACACCUUCCGAGAUCUUAUGGGCGUUCUCUAUCUGGCUUGAAUCCGUCGCCAUCUUACCCCAGCUGUUCAUGCUCCAACGAACUGGUGAAGCCGAGACCAUCACGACUCAUUACCUCUUCGCUCUAGGCAUGUACCGCGCGCUGUAUAUCCCCAACUGGAUUUACCGGUAUUUCAUGGAAGGGCGCACGGACCCAAUUGCCGUCAUUGCAGGGAUCCUUCAAACAAUCCUCUACUCCGAUUUCUUCUGGAUUUACUAUAGCAAGGUCCUUAAAGGAAAGAAAUUCUCGUUGCCCGUAUAA